ACUUACUGAUAAGAGUGAACCACGCGUCCACUUUUCUUUGUUUCAUUCUAAUUUGGGUUUGAAGUUCGGUUCGGAGUUCUACUACUCUUGAUCCUAUUCUUAACUUCGAUCUUUAUUCGUUUCGCUAUCUUCUAGAUACUUCUAGUUACACACUCUGUUGCGUUGCUUCUAGUUUCGAACUGUUGUAAUAAUCCCUUCCAAAGUCAUGUCACUCCUUUGACAUCUAGGGUUUACUCUUUUCCGAUUUUCCGAAUUUCUUAAACCAAAUUGUUAGCAUUUCGAGUUAUUCUCGUUUUAUUCAUGCAUUUUAUUCGUGCAUGGAGAAUCAUUGCGAGGUACUUGGUACCGAAGGGUUGAUCAGAAGGCAUGAAUUUGUGAGGAUCAUAAUUCAGUGUCUAUAUUCAUUAGGUUACACUAACUCUGCGGCGUGUUUGGAAUCAGAAUCUGGCAUUUCGUACAAGUCCAAUGAGUUUAAGUUGCUUGAAUCAUUUAUAUUGAAUGGGAAUUGGGACGAUAGCAUUGAGUAUCUUAAUUCGAUAAAGGAUGUGUUGGGGGAAACAAGGGAAUCGGCCAUGUUUCUUGUUUUCAGACAGUGUGUUAUGGAGUAUUUGAAUUGCGGUGAAGAUGAGUUAGCUUUGGCGGUGUUAAGGAAACAGGUUUCUGCCUUGGAUGUGGACAAGUGCAAAGUUCACAGUCUGGCUAUGUGCAUGCUUUCAUUUAAGGAUAGGGAGUUAGCUGUUAUUGACGAAAACGAUGCUGUUGUACAUGAUCUGAGAAGAAAGCUGUUAGCGGAUUUGGAAAGUUUGUUGCCUCCUCCGAUAUCAGUGCCUGAAGCAAGGCUGGAGCGCUUGGUAGAAUCUACUGUUACGGCCUGGGUCGAUUCGUGUAUGUAUCAUAGUUCGUCGAAUCAGAUAUCGCUUUAUGAGGAUCAUCGCUGCAGCAGGGAUCAGAUUCCUACUAGAACGACUCAGAUACUGACUGGACACAGAAAUGAAGUUUGGUUUGUUCAAUUUUCGAAUAAUGGGGAGUACCUUGCCUCUUCAUCCAAUGAUUGCACAGCCAUCAUAUGGAAGGUGCUGGAGGAUGGGAUAUUGACACUGAAACACACACUUAAUGGUCACCAACAUGCUGUAUCUUUUGUAGCAUGGAGUCCUGAUGACACCAAGUUACUAACAUGUGGGAACACAGAAGUUUUGAAGCUAUGGGAUGUUGAAACAGGUACAUGCAAGCGCACAUUUGGGAAUCAAGGGUUUGUUGUGAGCUCUUGCGCCUGGUUUCCCAACUCAAAACAGUUUGCGUGUGGCAGUUCUGACCCUGAAAAGGGAGUGUGCAUGUGGGAUUGUGAUGGAAACGUGAUCAAAUCAUGGAGAGGAAUGAGGAUGCCCAAGGUUGUAGAUCUUGCCGUUACUCCAGAUGGUGAGUAUCUUAUCAGCGUAUUUAUGGAUAAAGAAAUUCGUAUUCUGCAUAUGGGAACAAAUGCAGAGCGAGUUAUUUCAGAGGAGCACCCAAUCACAUCCCUUUCAGUCUCAGGAGAUAGUAAGUUCUUCAUUGUCAAUCUCAAUAGUCAGGAGAUUCAUAUGUGGGAUGUGGAUGGGAAAUGGGAUAAGCCAUCCAGGUUUAAGGGCCACAAGCAACACAAGUAUGUGAUAAGGUCAUGCUUUGGUGGAUUAAACAACACUUUUAUCGCCAGUGGUAGUGAAAAUUCACAGGUAUACAUUUGGAACCGUCGGAAUCCGACGCCUAUAGAGGUUCUAUCCGGGCACUCCAUGACUGUGAACUGUGUGAGCUGGAACCCCAAAAUACCACAAAUGCUGGCAUCUGCCAGUGAUGAUUAUACGAUUCGUAUAUGGGGACCCGGCUUCCAAAAAAAAGAAGGCCAAGUUGAGUAGAUUAGAUAUUAAAAUUUCCAGUUUAGAGUAGCCUAUACUAGUUUUGCUUUAUAUUCUUUUCUUCCCCACGCAAAGUCUGUUCAGGUUACAGAGCAUGAGUUUGUAAAGUCCUAGUUUACCCAUGCAAGAAUUUUGGAAUUUUGGG